AUGGGCAACCGUCUAGUUACGAAUAUCUUUACCCCGCUUAAUAAGUGGGUUGAGGAAUAUUUCAAACUCCAUUCCACACGACCUGACUCUAUCGCAUACUUGAAUAAAACCUCAAUCGACUUGAAAUUCCAAGAUUAUGCCAAAUCGGGUGAUCCUUCAUUGCUUUGCCUGGCCGCCUUCAUUUUCUUUUCUUACCUUGCCGUGGGGAUUUCUUUCAACAUCUCGUUCGUAAAUCGCAAGGAUGAUGACUCCAAUACCGAACCUCAAGCCUCAACAAAGUGUCCUCGCACUCAUUCUGGCUUCCGUGCUGCUCGCCCUCAAAGGCAUGAAACCACCAUAACUGCGAGCUCGUCAUCUUCCAGUGCCGAUCCUCAACGAUCUGCAACAAAGCGGACUCACCCAGGCUUUCGUGUUGCUCACCCUCGAGCGCCUGAGAGCAUCGCCUCUGCUGUCUCGUCAUCGAUAUCGUCGAGUUCACGGGUUACCACGCUUGCCGUUGGCCCUACUGGUCGGCGAAAGGGAAAGCACAAGGACAGGAAUCGCACAUCAGCAGUCGCAGAACUGGGCCUUACAAUCUCCCCUUCACCUCCCACACUCCUUGAAGACAUCUCAUGCAACGACGAUCAACCGCACAACGAACGCGAACUUCAAGACGAGCCUUCACCCACUCCCAUCAUUCACACAAAACCAAAACGAAAAAGGAACAAUAAUGCCAAGACGAAACUUCUCGAGUGGCUCUCAAUUCGAGACACAACUUUGGAUGAGAUACUAUGGCAUGAUGGACUUGGAGACUUCUUGGGGCGUCAAAACUGUGUCUCGUGCAAUGAAGAGAUUGGAAGAUUCAAGUGUAAGGAUUGCUCAGGGGGAUGUCAGCUUCGUUGUAGGACUUGUAUCAUCAAAUGCCACCAGGAUGCGCCAUUGCACCGAAUAGAACAAUGGACCGGGCAGUUUUUCGAUAAGGAUUCCCUCAAAAAUCUUGGACUCCGUGUGCAACUCGGACACGGGGGAAGUCCUUGCCCUUGCCCGUCUCCUGGCCCUCCGAACUUCAUGGUUUUCGACACUUCUGGUAUACACACUGUUAACAUUGACUACUGCGAGUGCCUGAAGGAUGAUGCGCUCGAUCGAAGAACCCAACUUCUCCGGCAGGGCUGGUUUCCAGCAACGUUCACGCGGCCCAACACUGCCUUUACAUUUGACUGCCUCGAUACAUUCCAUGAACACACUUUACAAGGAAAGGGUAAUCUUUAUGACUACUAUCACCAUUUGUUACGGAAAACGGACAACGCCAACUUAUCAAACACCAUCUAUCGAUAUAAGGAAAUUCAUCGUGUGUUUCGCAUCUGGCGAAAUCUUAUGGCGCUUAAACGUGCGGGGCGCGGACACGAUCCAGCAGGUGUCGGGGCCACUUCCCCAGGUAGCUUGACAGUCGAGUGCCCAGCAUGCCCACACCCCAAUCGAAAUCUUCCCGAUAACUGGGAACAAGCAGGAGCCCUCAUGUUUCUUUACAUAUUAUAUAUCUCUGUCGAUGCAAAUUUCAAGCUCAAGGGCAAAGACCGAGGCUUGAAGGAUGUCGAACUGAUGCCAGGUUGGGGUCCCUUUGUCGAAGAGACCAAAUAUCAAGCUUUCAUCGCGAAUUAUGUCGAUGAGCCCGAAAUCAAUACGUGCGAGUCCGAGCAUGAUGCUAUCGUCAGGGCUCAGACACGGUGCACGCCUGGUUAUGCUGUGUCGGGAACGGGCAUUGUCAUUUGCUCUCGGCAUGCACUGGUACGAAGGAACGGCACUGGCGACCUGCAGAAAGGCGAAAAAUACUGCAACAUGGACUAUCUCAUUUUUUCGGCCCUCGUCGGUAUCUGUUUACCUUGGAUAUUCAUCACGUAUGACAUCGGCUGCCAGUGGUCGAUAAACUUUCGCAGCCGCAUGUCUGAUUUCCCUGAACAUAUGAGAAUUGAACCGGGCACGAAGGUCGACGUUGGGAUUCCCAGUUGGCACAUUAACGGACAUGGAGCAAAUUGUAGAAAGAAGUUUUGCCUCGGUUUUAUGAAGGGUGCGGGAAGGACGUGCGGCGAGGAGGUUGAAAUCACCUGGUCGCAUACAAAUCCGCUAGCGCCAAGCGUACGAGAGAUGGCGCCAGCGGCUCGACAUGACACUUUAAACGAUCACUGGAACGGGUGGAAUUUCCGGAAGGUUGUUGGCUUUCGAAAGCAAUUUGCAAGACGUUUUGAGGAAGCCGUUCUUAUGAGUGCGAAGCACAAGGACACGUUUGAGAAAUUCUCCUCAACAUUUCCUUCUGAGACCAUCGAAAAGUGGGAGCACAUGGUGGAACGUUGGGAAGCCAACCCCAAAGCUCCGAAUCCAUAUGAAGAACCAGAAAAAACCACCACCUUCCAGGAUGUCCGUCUUGACUUGACACGGCAAGAAACUCUCCUGCUUGCGUCAGGUCGGGCGCCGCGGCACAAAGUAACUAUGAUGGGGUUUUUCUCAAUGGGUUUUGAGAUUGAGGACCAACAGUUUGUUCUAUCCUCGGAACUUGCACGAUCGAAGGGGAAGAAGACAAGUAAACAGUUGGCCGAUCUCGAGGAUAAACGGAGCUCGCUUAUCCGACAAAUUCAGAUCUGGUGGCCUAUUCAACUCGCAUAUACACCUUACGUUGCCACGUUGCUGCCUUUGGUGCAUUCGGUCGACGAACCUGGUGCUCAGUACACACAUCCUGAGUUGGCGACUCUCUUUUUCCCUUCAUCGCUUCCACCUGAGAUCCGUCGGCACCCCGAUAUGAAGGAAAUAUAUGACACUGAGCGUCGUUUACGGGAGCCUCAAGCUGAUGAUGCCCUUGCAGAUGUUCGCCGCCUGCGCCGUAUCAUCCAGGGUCUCUGGCAAUUCAAAAAACUCAAUGUUUCGGGGACCGGAAAUAAGCCAAAUACGCGAAUGCUUGACCUCUACAAGCGAGUGGAAUACAAGCUCCAACGUGCAGCUAAUCGGUACCACAUCGCAUAUACUGCUUUGAUGGCUCUGGAUCCGAAUGGAUUGUGGAGAGAUCGCCUGAAAGAGCUUAAGCCGACUGAUAUAAGGGGGCCCGGUAGGGAUCCUGACCAUCCAGAAGAUGCUAAAUAUUCAAACGGCCGCUUUGUUACAUCGUGGAUUUGGUUGGUUCCACGUUCGCCUCGAGAAUGUGGCGAUGAUCAGACUGAGGCUGAGUUUAACGACAGCAUGCUUGCUGAAUGGGCUCAGACACGUGCACGUAUGUGUCGGUGGGAUGAGGAGUCGUUGAUUGUUCAAGAGGAGAUGCGGCGGGUACUCGCGUUUUUUGAAUGGAAGUCAGUGUGGUGGCUGGAGCAAGGUAAUCGAAGGCAACAGCUUGAGCAGUCCAUUGAAAGUGGAGUGACGGCAUAUGCCCAUAAACAGGCAAACAUUUGCUUGCGCAUGGCAGCUAGGUGUGCUGCCUAUUGGUUACCGAUUAUGAAGAAGCAUAGUAUUAUUCCGACUUGGAGUGGUAAUUACGAGGGGUCGAAAACUGGUGUUGGGGGGGAUCCUACAUCUGACUCCGACUCCGAUACUGAUGAGGAGGAGUUAGACAGAGCAGAUGAUAAAUCUGAUGGUGGUGAGGUUGAUGUAGAUGACAUCUUUGAGUUUGAUUAG